GUGCUGUGUCUCAAUUUGUUUUUGGGACUACGGCUUGCACAAAUUUUGUCUCCAUGAAGAGGUUAAGGUUGGAAAAAUGGUCAGGGCACCUGCUCUCAGCUCGACCGGGAGCCGCGACAACUUGUUCGAGAUCGACCGGCACCCCUCCUCUCUCUUCUGAGGCACAAGAUCCACAAUCUUCCCCCAUCGCCACGACGUCGAGUGCUGAGCCUACACAAUGGCCGCCAAUAGACCCAGAUCAAUACCUCGGAGAGCCGCCCUCGCCUCUACCCAACAAGGCUCUCCGCUCCGCCAAGCUCGCCGCCUUACACGCACGACUCGCCCUCUCCGACAAGAUUCCCCUGCAGACACUGGCAAGGACCCUCGUGGAUCCCUCGGCCGACGCCGCCCCUCUCUUCAACAACUCCAACCUCUCCUUCCUCGGCCAGACACUGAUCAGCUACUACACAUCGGAGAUGCUCAUGUGCCGGUACCCUAGGCUGCCCAUGGAGAUCAUGCAUGCGGCCAUGAAGGCUUACGCUGGAGACAAGACGCUGUUCUACGUAUCAAGGUCAUGGGGCGUCGAGAAUGCAGCCGCACCGGGUGUGGAGGUUGACCCGGGUCUGCUACAAUUUUCGCUGGAUGCGCCUAGGGCCUUCAACACGAAGUGGGGUUUCGUGCGGUCAGAGUACCAGCACAAAUACAGAUAUAGGCGAGGUAUCUCGAGCAGAGUGGUCAUGGACGACGACUUUGGCGAGUUCGUGAGGGCCGUCGUGGGCGCCAUCUACACACAUUCUGGCCGGGAGGCAGCACGGUCAUUCGUCAAGGCGCACAUCCUGUCGCGGCAGCUCGACCUCGAGAGGCUGUUCACCUUCAAGCUCCCCCUGCGCGAGCUCGCGAGGCUGUGCAUGCGGGAGGAAUUCGAGCAGCCCGUCGCGAGGCUGCUGUCCGAGACGGGCAGGCUCUCGAGGACGCCCGUGUUCGUCGUGGGCAUCUUCAGCGGCAAUGAUAAGCUCGGCGAGGGCACGGCGGCGAGCCUGGACCACGCUCGCAAGAAGGCCGCCAUGAACGCACUCAAGGCCUGGUACCUGUACAGCCCCGGCGAGGACGUCCGCGUGCCGAGCGAUAUGAUGCUGGAGGGCGCCAAGCCCUGGGAGCCCGUGUAUGUGGAUAUUGGCGAGGUCAUCACUUCUGGUAUUUAGAGGGUCUGGCGGUUGCGGUUACAUGCACACAUCUAUCUCUCUACUCAUCAUGCAGAAGCAGGCGGGGUGGGAGGCUUGGGACGCUCGGGCCGGGAUGGGCUAGACGGGUGGCAUCUGUGGCGCAAUAUAGAACUAGGGAUGUGCGAGAAAGGAAGAGCGUGGCAAAAUCAUACACAUUGUUGAUGACCCAGAGGCCAGUGAGUCGGCACAGGAAGAAAGUCCUCUCUUGGGAGAUGAGGCGAGCAUGAAGAAGAAGCGGAGGAGGAAGAGGAGGAGGGGAUGGCUGGGCUUGCUGCUCACUCCUUCGGGAAUUGUAUAUUUUUGUUGAAAAGAAAAAGGAAAAUUAACCCUCAAUAUGAAGAUGAGCAUCGCUGAAGCCGUAAAAGUC